CGACUUUCGAGCGGCAUUUUUGUUAAUUGUUCAUAGUGAAAAUUUUUAAGCGUAUAUACAAGUGAAAAACACUACGAUUACUAAUAAAAUACGCCGAAAACCCAAGUCGAGAAUCUAAAUAAUAAUUUUUCACCCCCACCGAAAUGGCGACUACCAAAAUAUUUGUGGGUAGCUUACCGCCUGGCACAAAACCCGAAGAGUUACGGCACCUUUUCGAAGAUUAUGGUGUAGUUGUGGAGUGCGAUGUUAUGAAUCGAUGUGGCUUUGUGCAUAUGGAGACAAAAGAAAUGGCUAACACUGCAAUUUUGGCACUAAAUGCGUCCGAAUUCAAGGGGCAAGUGAUUGUAGUGGAAUUGGGUCGGCCCAAGGAAAAGAAACCAGGUGCUGGAAGUGGUGCGGACAAUAUGUCGUCAAGAGGUGGUGGACGCGGUGGUGCAGCACGUGGUGGCGGUGGAAGAGUUGGAAGUGCUGGAAACCGUGGUAGUGGUCCGGGUGGGAGAGAUGGUGGCAUGAUGAGAUCUGGCGGUGGUAGGCCUAAUUUCGGCAAUGCUUCUGGUGGCGGUGGCCCAAAAAAUAAAUUCGGCCAAGGUGGUGGACCUAUGCGCAAUGAGCAAUUCAAGCAACAACGUAACAUGCCUUAUCAAAGAAGAAAUGUCCAAGACAGUUUUGGCGGUGCGCCUGGCGGAGGCAGUGGACAAUUUGGAGGCAAUCAAAGAGGCAAUUUUAAUAGUGGCGGUGGUGGUGGACUGAGAGGUUUUGGUCGCAGUGGUGGUGAUGGGGGACAACAAAAUUUUCCCAACUGGGAAGGGCAACCGGUCGACGGUAACGGACAUUUUGGCGGUAUGAACAAUUUUAAUGACAACGAUAACUUCGGUAAUAAUUUUGGUGGCAAUAUGGCGCGUAAUAUGAAUACUGGUUUUGGAGCUAAUAAAGGAGCUGGUGGUCAGGAUCGACGUGGCUUCGCGCUGUCAACUGGUGGGCGUGGUGGUGGCCAACGCUUCGGUGGUGGUAACGCAGGCGGCGCCUUCGGUGGAGGUGGCAUGCAAAACAAUGCUGGACCACAAAACCAUGUUGAGGGUCUUUUCAGCAGAAGAAACAACAAUAAUAAUGGGGCAAAUAUCUCGGGAAAUAAUAUGGCUGCGCAGAGAGGAUUUCAAGGAGGAUUUGGUAACGGACGAGGCGGCAGUGGUGGACCGCCAAACGCUGGAGGUCGGGGUGGAUUCAGGCGUGGUGGUGGAGUUGGUGGAAUGAGCGACGGUAGCGGCAAUGACGGAUUUUCCGCGCCAAAUAAUUACAACAGUAAUUUCCCGCCACUUGGUGCGCAAAGCGGUGGGGGUCGUGGCGGCAGUGGUCGUGGUGGCCGCGGUGGCGGAAUGCAGCGCAAUGGUCCACGUCAAAACAUGAUGUCCAAUCAACGCUUUUGAAAAACCUUUACUACUUAAACAAAUGCGAGUACACCAAUGCGUUAAGCUUGAGUAGACAAUGUGGAGUGUGUGUGUGUUUCAGUUAGAACAACUAAGUGGUAGGAAAAGCAUAACGAAACGCUCGUCUGCAAAAACUUUGAUGCGCAAAGUUGAUAAGUGUAGACCACACAAAUGCUAGCUAUAAUAACGAAAUCAAACAAACUAUUGCAAUUUUAUAAUAAUUUAAAACAAAAGCUAGUUUUAAGCUGCACCAUCCAUAUACGACGGAAUUGUGCCGUAAAUAUCACAAAUUCUAAAAAUAGAAAAUAGAAAAUAAAUCACAGAAAAUGAAGUAGGAAAAUUACAAAUUUACAGACAACAUUGAAGGCUAUAUUUUAAGUCCGCUGUUCAAUAUUUUGUUGAAAAUCUCAUGAAAAUUUUAAUCGACACUAAACGUUAACUACCCUCUGUAUAAUGUAAUGUACAAAAUAAGGUUUUAUAUGUAUGUAUGAAUGUGCAAAGUAUCGCGCAUUGACACACUACAGCCACAUGCCCGAAUCUUGAUGUCAUUUUAGAUUCCCCUACAAAGUACGAACGUACUUUAAGUUUGUAUAUAAAGCAAUAAUGCAAUCAAAAUGCGUACAUAAUCUGAAAUAUGUUUUAAUUUUUUGCGUUUAUGUAUUUAAUUAAAAUUUUUUCAUUGCCUUA